AUGGAGUCACAUAGUCCCAUUGAUCAAGUUAUUCCAGAUGUUUACGUUAAUAAUGUAAUAAAGCAAAGUGUUUACAUGCAUAAAUCUGCAGAAAACUAUGCAAAAACAUUUUUUAAGCAUACAACUCGAAAGAUUUGUUUUACAUUGAAACACUUAGUAGACUGUGCUCAAACGUACAAGAAUUUAGUUAAAAAUAAAUUGAAUUUAUCACUAAUUAAGUCUCAACAGAUUCAGAGUGGCAUAGAAAAAAUUGAAGAAAGUACUUUAGAGCUUGAUAGGAUAAAUGAUACAUUACUUCAGCAAGAUUUAUCUAUAAUACAGAAGAACGAAAUGUGUCAACAUCUUAUAAAACAAAUUAGUGACACUCGUAUACUUGUAGAAGAAAUAAAAUCUGUUGUGAAUAAUAGUACUGAAAAGUUAAAUUUAAAAAGUGAACAAAUUAUAAACACAAAAAAACAAAUGAAAGAGUUAAUAGAUAAAACAUUACCUGUUUUAAGUACUACUAGAAAUUUAUUGAAUGAAAUUAAUUCAGACGAUUUAACAGAAUUAAAAUCUUUGGACACACCAUCUGAAUCAGUUGUGACUUUACUUGAAUGUGUAGCUAUUUUAAGAGGUAUUAAAGAUAUGAACACAUGGAAAAGUUUAAGUGAUAUGAUUGAAGAACCAAAUUUUCUAAAUAAUUUACAAGAAUUGGAUGCAAAUAAAAUUAAUCAAAGACAUCAAACUCAAGUACGAACAAAGUUAAAAUUUUUGAAAAAAACAAUUGAUAUUCAAGCUAUUAGCAAAGUGGAAUGUAGUAUAUUAAAUUUUAUUGAGUCUGUUUUAAAAUACUGUCAUAUUUAUCAAGACAUUAUACCAUUAAAAAAUAAGAUAAACAAAUUUGAUAAAGAUUAUCUUAACGCUACUUUAAAACUAAAAGAACAUGAAGAUAGUUUAGAAAAUACUCGAUGCACUUUAUCAGAUUUGGAAAAAUCCUUAGAUGAUUUAUCUAAGGAAAAUAUUGAACUAAAAAAAGAUAAUUGUUCAUUGAAAAUUAAAUUUGAAUAUGCUGACAAGGUUAUAGAAGGACUGAAAUCUGUACAUGAAAGAUGGAUUAUAGAUUUACAAAAUCAAACCAUAAUAAAAAAUCAAAUAAUCGGUAAUUGUUUACUGAAUGCUUCAUUUUUAGCCUAUGCUGGCCCAUUUUCAUUAGAAUAUCGUCAACAAAUAAUUUUUAACGAUUGGUACAAUCAUAUUAUUGAUCUGGAAUUACCAAUUGACUUGAACAUUGAACUAGAAAAAGAACUAAUUGAUGAAAAAGUGAUAUAUGAUUUGAUUUCAAAUGGUUUGCCUUGUGAUAAAUACACAAUUCAAAAUGGAAUAUUGAUGACUCAAUCUAAUCGAUUUCCUCUUUGUAUUGACCCGCAUAAUCAAGGAUUUAAUUGGAUUAAAAACCACGAAAAAAAUAACUCCUUAAAAAUUCUUUCCUUUGCUGAUAACGAUUAUAUUGUACAUUUUAAAAAUGCUUUGCAAUAUGGGCAAUCAGUAAUUUUUAUUGAUUUUGAAAACAUGGAUUUAGAUAUAAAGGAUUUAUUAAAUAAAAAUAUACAAUGUAAGUAA